UAGGUCUGCGGCCCCCGCCAGGGGCCGCUGUGGCGCCCAGGCCCCGUUGCCUCACUGGUGUUCAAGAUGGCGGCCACAGCACUGUUCCGAGGCGCGGCUUCGGCACGCGCCGGCCCGGCCUGGCGCUGGCAGCUUCAUGUGGCUCUGAGGAACUGCCUGACCCACAGCUCUGGAUGUCUCGGGGGCGCCCCUGCGGACGGCGCGGCCUGGACCUGCUUCCCGCUACACGAGCGCGCGCUGCUGCGCGUGCGCGGCCCGGACGUGGCGCCCUUCCUGCGGGGGCUGCUGACCAAUGAGCUGCCGCUUCCGGGUCCCUCGACCGGCGCGCCCCCGCCCCCCGCGCUCGCGUCCUAUGCCCACUUUCUGAACGUGCAGGGGCGCACACUCUACGACGUCAUUUUAUACCGGCUUCCUGAGUGUGUGCCCGAGGCUCCCGGCUUCCUUCUGGAGUGUGAUCACGCCUCGCUGGACGCCCUGCACCAGCACCUGGCACUGUACCGGGUCCGGCGGAAGGUCCAAGUGGAGCCAUGGCCCAAGCACCGUGUGUGGGCUGUGCUGCCUGGGGCCCCCUGUGCUGGCCAGACACUGCUCUUGCAGGAGAGGGCAGAGGCCACUGUUAUCCUGACCCGUGACCCCCGGACAGCACGCAUGGGCUGGCGGCUCCUCACGCAGGACACAGGCCCAGCCUUGGUGCCUGGUGCCAGGCUGGGGGACCCCCAGGACUACCGUGCACACCGGUACCAGCAAGGUGUCCCCGAGGGGGUCCGAGACCUGCCCCCGGGGGUGGCCCUGCCCUUGGAGUCCAACCUGGUCUUCAUGAACGGUGUGAGCUUCACGAAGGGCUGCUACAUUGGCCAGGAACUGACCGCACGCACCCACCAUAUGGGUGUCAUCCGCAAGCGCCUCUUCCCUGUGCGCCUGACUGGCCACCUUCCGGCUGGUGGCAUUGUGCCUGGCACCCCAGUGCUGACUGAGUCGGGACAGGCUGCUGGCAAGUUCAGGGCUGGGCAGGGGGACUUGGGGCUAGCCCUGCUGCGCACGGAGAAAAUCAAGGGCCCUCUCCACAUCAAGACCUCCGAGAGCGACCCAGUGGCCAUCACUGUGUCUGUGCCGGACUGGUGGCCCACAGCCACCAAGUAGCCCAGGCGGCCUCCGCUCCUGCAGGCCGCAGGUCCCUCUACUGUGCCCAGCAGGGGCCCUGUAGCACCCGCCUGGGGAAGUGUCCGCGUGUCGGCCUCACACAGCCCAUUGGACCCUGUCCUGGGAGGCCUGUGGCUGCGGACAGAGGGCCCCGAGCACCUCCUCUGUGUCUGCUCGGCAGCCCUCACUGGUCUCACCUUGGAGGGCGGUGGCCUGGGGCCUGUGGGGCUGGUGGGCUGGGGAGGUGGCGGGCGUGUAUUGUCACGGUCAGGUGGAAACAGAUCUGGGGCGGGAUUUGUGUGGUCCCUGUGGCCUGGGGUGUCUGUGCAGCAGGGCCCUGCGGCUGGGCAUGUGUGUGGCAGGGACACCUGUGCCCGUCCUGGUGCCUGCUGUGCCCUUGCGCUCGCCGCCCUGGACACCGGCCCGGUGAGCCCAUGUCAUCCGCAGCGGCUCCCAGCGCUGUGCCUUCUUUCCCCAGUGGGCACCUCUGCCACACUCCCAGUGUUGGUGCGGGUGUCGCUGUGCACUUUGCGAGGCGCCCCCCUGUGGGACCCCCAGCCCCUCCCUGGUGCCCGGAGUGACUAUUAAAGUGUGCCAAAAGCA